AUGGCGAAGGACAAGAAGAAGCAGUCCGGAGGCGGCGCGGCGCAGCGCGCACCCGCCACCAGCGACCCGCGAUUCGCCCGGCUCCACACCGACCCGCGCUUCCUCAAGCCCAAGAAGGACGAUGUCAAGGUCAAGAUCGACGACCGUUUCAAGGGUCUGCUCGCUGCCGACGGGGAAAAGAAGGGCCCCAAGUCCGGCGCAGCGGCCAGGAAGACGGACAAGUACGGAAGGAAGGUGCAGAAGGGACAGAGCGAGGUCGAGCAGAUGCGCCGGUUCUACCGCCUGGACGAGGAGGGCGUCGAUGACGGCGAGGCGGCAGCGUCAGACGAAGACGACGACGACGAAGACAAGGAGCAGGGCGUCGUCGAUUACGCACGUGGUGAGGGCGAGCUCGAGAGUUCGAGCGAAGAGGAGUCGAGCUCUGCAUCCGACGACGAAUCCGACGAGGAGAGCAGCGAGGAGGACUCCGACGAAGACGACGAUGUCAUGAUCGGGCCCUCGAGCGUCGUGGACAAGGCCAAAAGGAAGCAAAAAGCCGGCAGCCGAUACCGCGACGAUGAAGACGAGGAGGAUGACGACGACUUCGGUGAUGAUAUCGGCGAGAUUGAUCUCAACGAGGACGAGGACGAGAGCAUCUACGCUCAGCUCGACGCACAGGCACAACGUGCCAUCGCAGAGGGCGGCAUCGAGGGUGACUCGGAUGCCGACGACGGAGAGGCCGCAGAGUCGUCCAAGGCGGCCAAGGCGAAGGGGAAGAGCAAGUCGAAAAAGUCAAAGAAGGACAAGGUGCCGCGCGGCGACGACACGCACCGGCUCGCCAUCGUCAACAUGGACUGGGACCACGUGCGGUCCAAGGAUCUCUACAAGGUCUUUUCCAGCCUGGUCUCGAUGAACCCCGUCGAGGCGAAGCGGCGCGUCGGCACCCACGGUCCGGCGGUCAACACGGUGCGGGGCUCUGUGCUGUCGGUCCGGGUGUACCCGAGCGACUUUGGAAAGGAGCGCAUGGCGCAGGAGGACGCCGAGGGGCCGCCAAAGGACAUCUUCAAGAAGAAGAACAAGAGAAGCGCAGCCGGCGACGGCUCGGACUCGGAAGAGGAGAUCAACGAAAAGACCAUCAUCCAGGUCGACGAGGGCAACGAGUUUGACGAGGAGGCGCUGCGGAAGUACCAGCUUGACCGGCUGAGAUAUUACUACGCCGUCGCGACGUUCGACAGCAAGGAGGCAGCACGCCACGUCUACAACGAGAUCGACGGCACCGAAAUGGAGCGUACGGCCAACGUCUUUGACCUGCGCUUCGUGCCAGACGGCAUGGAGUUCCCCGACGGCGAGGACGGCCGGGAUGCCGAGUUCCGCGACGAGACGACCGAGGACGUCGGCAACUACAAGGGCGUCGACUUCAUGACGGACGCGCUCCGCCACUCCAAGGUCAAGCUGACGUGGGAUCAGGACGAUCCGGAGCGGAGCAAGCUGACGCGCCUCGUGUCGCGCGGCGGCCUGACAAAGGAGCAGCUGCGGGACGACGACUUCAAGGCCUAUCUGGCGUCGGCGACCGAGUCCGAGGGCGAAGACGAGGACGAGGAGACGGCCAAGGCGCAGCGGGACAAGUUCCGCGCGCUCUUCAACCUCGACGACACGGGUGACUACAAGGGCAAGCGCGGCGGCGGCGUCUUUGACGACGAGGACGACGAGGGCGCGCCCCAGCAGGGCGACAUGGAGAUCACUUUCAUGCCUGGUCUCUCGGAGGCGGCGGCGCGGAAGAGCAAGGGACAGAAGAAGGGCGGCGACGAGGACGACGAGGAUGAGACGACGCUCGACAAGUACAAGCGCAAGAUCAAGGCGAGGAAGGAGAAGCGCAAGGCCAAGCUCGCCGGCAAGGACGGCGAGGAGCAGGGCGGCAGCGACGACGACGACGAGGCAGCGGCGGCCAAGAUGCCCGUCGACGACGCCGGCUUCGACGAUCCCUUCUUUGCCAGCGACAACGACAUGGACAUGGAGGCGGCGCUCGAGGCUGAGAUGGAGGGCCCUGGCAACGCCAAGACCAAGGCCAAGUCGAAGAAGGACAAGACGGCGGGCAAGAAGGCGUCGCGCGACGCAGACGAGGAUCCCGAGGAGGCGGCGCGGCAGCGUGCGGAGCUGUCGCUGCUGAUUGGCGAAGACGAGGACGACGAGCGGACCAAGGAGGGGCGGCAGCACUUUGACAUGAAGGACAUCCUGCGCGUCGAGUCGGGCAAGGACGUCAAGCGGCAGAAGCUGCUCAAGCGGCUGUCCAAGAAGAAGCAGCGGCAGGAGGAGGAGUUCCAGGCGCGCAAGGGCAAGCCGCUGAUCCAGGACAGCUUCGAGAUCGACACAAAGGACGAGCGCUUCGCCGCCCUCAUGGACGACCACCGCUACGCCAUCGAUCCGAGCCACCCAGGCUUCGUCAAGACCAACGCCAUGAAGCAGCUGCUCGACGAGAGGAGAAAGAGGCAGGACAGCCGGCGCCAAGGAGAAGAGUCGGCGGCGCGCAAGUCCCCUGCCGCCAACGGCGUGGAUGGCGGCAGGCAGGACGGCAGCGGUGGCGGCGAUGCCGAGCUCGCCUCGUUGGUGGACAAGUUCAAGAAGCGCCCGGCCACCGCCAAUGGCAGCAGCGAGCCCAAGCAGAAGAAGGCCAAGAAGGCCAAGAAGUAG